AUGGGCUUCGCAUCAUCGCUCAUGCCACGGAACCUGACCAUCCCCUUACAGAUGUUUGGAGGACAGAGCAGUAGUAAUAGUGCUACACGAGGACCCAUUGCGUUGUCAGAUGAUGAUCUUGAAGGCGCUACAAGGAUUGAUUGGGAUGAAUUGGAUGCUCAGUUUGAGGAUUUGGGCGAUGAAGAUAGUGAGGAGUUGGUGGCUGGAGGAGGUGGGGGAAGGUUGUUGAAGCCGAUGACGAGGCAGGCUCGGUAUCUGGACGAUGACGAUGAAGAUGGUAGUCAGGACGAUGGAGAGCCGUACAGGAUGACAUCAGGAGCUGACGAUGUGGAUGAUGAUGCUCCGUUUGUGGUCGACGACGACGAGGAAUUGGAGGCGGAGGUGGAAGUGCCAGGGAAGGGUGCCAAGAAGGAUCAACUGUUCAAGCUUGACACAAACGAGAGCGAGCAUGAGGACUAG